UCUCGUACGGUUCGGUAGUGUUUUGAAAGUGCUUGUCGCGUGUGAUAUGAACCACAUUCUGGUCCUUUGCAUGUAUAGUGCAUCCCCCUACCACCCAACCGAUCAUCACUUACUGUGAAAGUGUACGUGUUUGUGUCAUUCAAGAUCCUAGAAAUUUAAAUGUAAAGCAGUGGUGUGAGCGAGAGGAUAGAUCGCUGAAAAAGGCGAGGAUACGCAGUGCGAAAGGUAAAGGAGCGCGCCCGAAAAAAGGGAAAAGUUGAAAAGUGCUGCAGAAAAACGUAUCGUAAGGAGAACAAGAGCUGAAAAGCAAGUAAUGUGUAAGAAUUUGCUGCCCGUCCGUUUUCCACGAUGGGAAAGUCAAAGUUUCCCGGUAAACCGUCGCGUUUAGUGAACAAAAAGCGGGUUUCUGUCCUGUCCAGUGCUGGGUUGAAUACCCUUGCCAGCAGUGGCAGUAGCGAUGAGGAUAACAACCAGAACCAGCAGCAGGAAAAUUCGACGACGACGACGGAAAAGUUAAACCAACAGUCACUACUACAGACGCAACAGCAGCAGCAACGCCAGCAGCAGCAGCAACAACAACACAAGCAGCCGUCACCGAAGGUAUCAACGUUAUUAGACAAUGAAGAAAUUGAUCAAGAUGGCGAUGAUGAUGUUAGUAAGCACGCUGCCGACGAUUCGGAGAACGGGGAGGACGACGAUGACGAAGAUGAUGAUGACGAUGACGACGACGAUGAGGACGACGAGGAGGAUGACGAGGACGAAGAUGAGGACGGCAACGAUGCGGAAGAACGUAACGGUACCGAUCAUCACGAGGGACGUGAUGGGGAAGACCGAAACGGAGAUCGGCAGCAAAGUCCCAAGCACCCAGUCGAGCAAAGGGAUGACGAAUGUCCUGCGAAUGGAGCCGAAAGCAAAGUGUGUACCUUGAAUAGCAACGAUAAGCAGCAAACGGCUGUUACGCAACCGCCAACCGGAAAUAGCUUCGAAAUGAAACCAUCCUCGCUGUCCGCCAUCAGUUCGGCUCUGGGUAAAUCUGCCGUCUCGAAGGAAUCACCAGCUGAACAGUCUACAGCCAGCAGUGAGUCGGUAACGACCAACUCGUCAGCUUCAGGUGACAACAUGACGCCGAACGACGCCGAUACCAACACCGUGGAGGAGCCCGUGAAGCCGAAAAAGAAAACCGUCACUUUUCACAGCACUCUAGCAACUAGUGACGAAAAUAUAGUGAAAAAAGUGUACAAUCCAGCUAUCGUUCCUUUGAUUCCGAUUAUAAAGAAGGAAUGUCUGGCGCGUCCGAUUCGGCUCAAGAAAAGUUUUAAUCGUAAAAUGAAGAAACGCCUCCAACGGUUAGCUAUGCAAGCGGCCUCUGCUGCAGCGAAGUCCGAGUGUAUAGUGCGUCCGUCGCGGUUAACGGAGAUCGUGCUGAAAUCCAGCAAGUUUGACGAGGCGUCCACUUCGCCGGAACCGACGUCCAGUUUUUCGGCUGGUUCGAAUAAUGCAAAAUCCGGAGAAACACGCUCGGAGACGCCAUCUCAAGACUCCGUUCCUUUUGGUGCUAGUGGGGAUCCUUCAGAAGCUCGAAAUCUUGCCAGUGGCGGAACCCAGUUCGGUGAUAAACGGUUCAUCUUGCCGAAACGGAGUGCUCAUUCUAGUCGUGUAAUCAAACCGAACAAACGAUUUCUGGACGAGUUUGAGCUGGAAAUCAAGAAAAAAAAUAAGAAUCUCGCAGCAGCUCAGGCAGCAGCAGUUGUGGCGGCAGCGGCGGCGUCGACAGCGGCCACAACGGCUGUCCCAACUGGUUCCUCGUCAUCUUCCAGCAGUGCCAAUGUUGGGAAAAUUGGUAGUAAAGAAAACAGUGAUGAUAAAAGUAGUCUCUUUGGUGAUAAGAUCUUCAAGAAUGAAGCGUGCUCGAAGAAUGAAGAUGAUGAUGGUUCGAAAUCUUGUGAUGAUAAUGUUAGUGAAAAAAGUGACGAUGGAAAAAAGAAGCGAGAGAAGGCGAAAAAGGAUACGCAAGAGCAGAGCAGAAAGGCGGGAAAAGUGGAUACAAAAGAUUCAUCCAACUCUGCUUCGGACAACGAACCUACUCGUUCGACUACCAGCAUCAAUAAUCCAUUCGCAAAAACCACCUUGCCGGACAACAGCAGUAUCAGUAGCACUGGUACAAGCGCGAUUAACCCGCUGCUGCUAGUCAAACCAUCAGCGCUCUCUUCCACCUCAUCUAGUCUUUCAUCGCCCAGUGCAUCGAACGCAGCCAGUACCGGCUCUGCAUCAGUUUCAUCGAUUUUUGGAAAAAGCAUACUCCGGCAGCCCCGACUUCAGUUUACUACUUCCCUACUGAAUUCGAAUCCUUUGGCUGCGAGUGCAAACGCCAAUGGCUCGUUAUCUGUAUCAACCACGGCAGUCGGUAAAAAUAGUCCAACUGCUGCUUCAUCAUCAUCUUCAGCAUCACCAUCAUCAUCGUCCUCUUCUCUAGUGCCAUCCGCUGUAACCGACGGACCGUUCUCACUGCACCUAAAACCUGGAACUAAUCUGGAUUCUUCGAAAAUUUUCUCCAAUGCAUUAACAGCAGCUCUCGUGUCCAGUGGCUCUCCUGUGGGUGCGGCCCUAACUUCUCCGGCAACGGUCAGCUCCAGUUGCAGUAUUUGCGGAAUUACCGCUAACAGUCGGUAUUAUCAACAGGCUUCGAAGAAAUUUGGAGUCAGUUGCUGUGACGUUUGUCGUAAGUUUAUAUCUAAAAUGAUUAAGAAGCUAGCGAGUUCCUCCAGUCCGACUCAUGGAAAUGGUACGAUGAAGUGCAAGAACGAAGGAAAAUGUUCGAUCGGACCCCCACCAAUCACACGACCUGAUCAUGUGAAAACUAGACAUAUUUUCAAAGAACGGUGCCACGCUUGCUGGCUGAGGAAAUGUUUAGUGAGUUUCCAGGUACCCCCGGUACUAAAAGUACGACUAACGCAGACCCUUCCCGCUAAUUUGCGGCAGCUUGAUGGUCAGACUAACAGCGUAUCUUUAGUUAAAAAGGAAAGCAUAGAGAACAACAUUUUCUCGACCAGUUUAUCUAACAAUGGUAAAUCUUUGAUUGCUUCGCGAGGGCUUUGGAGUGUCAGUGGCGGAGAGAAACCCGAGUUCGGAAAAACUAAUCCGUUCCACUCACUGACAAAUCCGUUAGUGCAAAAUAAUUCCACUUUCGGCAGUUCGCCAAAAAUCAAGAUUAACAUUAGCGAGAAGCCUGCCAUCAUGGCUCCAGGGUCUAUGAGCAGUCCAAAAGAUAACGAACAGCCGGCUGUUGUGGAGAAGGAGAAGAGAGAUUCUGAUGAGACUGAACUGACAGAAGUUGCCGUCAACAGUAUCCGAACGAGGAGUAAAACAGAAGCAGCAGCGAACGCUGUUAUCGCUAAUGAAACUACUCCUGCUCCGGUCAUUAUCAGCAGCACCACAGCUGCAACGACAACUACUAGUUCAACGACAACUACAACGCCCGCAGCAACCCCUGAUUCAGUUUCCACAAAUCCACUCGAUAAACGGCAACGAAUAGAUUUGAAGGGUCCUCGGGUAAAGCAUGUAUGCCGAAGUGCAUCGAUUGUUCUUGGCCAACCAUUAGCUACUUUCCCUGAAGAUGGCAACGAUGCCACGGUGGCAACGUUAGAAAAUAUCGAAACACCACCCAGUGAUAGUUCAGCGGACGUAACUGAUCAGCUUCCGGAGACUCCAUUGCGACCGACAACUCCUAAAGUAAGCGAUGGUUAUCAGUGCAUCGAGUGUACGGAGCCUGAGAGCUUGGCACUAAGCCCACCGGUUACUCCAGUGGCGGAUGCCGACACCAGUGGUUCUACCGAAAAAGAACUGGUAAUCGACGAAGAUCAGCUACUCCCAGAGUCCAGCCCGUCAGCUAGCCCUACACAAGAGGUUCCAGCCCCACCACUAACGGAGAAAAUUGAUCAACCGGACGUUACGACUACACCACCAACAAACGUAAAGAUUGAAAAUGAGAUUAAGGAAAAGGAACAACACACGAAGAAAUCGGAGGAAAUAGAAAGGCCAACUACACGCAAGGCAACUUCCCUAUUUAGGCCGCAAGGUUUAAAACAAAACAUUAACGCCAUAACCAAGAGUUUCAAUACAAGUGCACGAUCAGCCGGGCAUGGUCUUGCGGCGGAGAUUCCUAACAUUCCACUGAUUUCGAUAGAUUUUUGGGAAAAUUAUGACCCAGCUGAGGUCAGUCGUACAGGUUUCGGUUUAAUCCUAUCGGAAGAUGUUCCCUUGAAGGCUCUCUGCUUCCUAUGCGGUAGUGCAGGAUUGGAUGAGCUGCUAUUUUGUGUAUGCUGCUGUGAACCAUAUCAUCAAUAUUGCGUCAAAGAUGAAUAUAACAUUCGAACCGGAUCACUAGACGACACAGGGGUAAGCCUGCUGGAGUUGACGUCGAAUACUGGCCACGGUGGUUCAGUAUCCCCACACGAGCAGGCAAUGAGCCGCUUCAACUGGAUGUGCCCACGAUGUACGGUUUGUUACACUUGUAACAUGGCUGCUGGCAGCAAAGUCAAGUGUCAAAAGUGCGACAAGAAUUACCAUACGACCUGUUUGGGAACCAGCAAGCGGCUUCUAGGUGCAGAUCGACCAUUGAUUUGCGCUGCAUGUCUGAAGUGUAAAAGUUGCUCUACUACCAACGUAACAAAAUUUAUUGGCAAUCUGCCGAUGUGCACCCCAUGCUUUCGGCUGCGACAAAAGGGUAACUUUUGUCCACUAUGUCAAAGGUGCUACGAAGACAAUGACUUCGAUCUGAAGAUGAUGGAGUGCGGUGACUGUAAGCGAUGGGUUCACGCCAAAUGCGAAGGGCUGACAGAUGAGCAGUACAACAUGCUAAGUGCACUGCCGGAGAAUAUUGAAUUUAUUUGUAAGAAGUGCGGUAAGAACAACGAAAACGGUAAUGUGUGGAGGGACGCGGUAGCCGCUGAGUUUAAAGCUGGUUUACUGAGCGUGGUCAAGCUACUUAGUAAAAGUCGGCAAGCAUGUGCACUACUGAAGCUAAGUCCACGAAAGAAAACUAGUAACUGCACGUGCUCGAUAAGCUCCGGUAAGAGCAUCAGCUUUUAUUCUUACGGUGCAGCGAGUAAGGAAGAAGCAUCAGGUUUCACUUCUAAGAAAGUAAAAUUGGAACAGGAACAAGAGUCUAUUUACGAUUUUAACAGUGAAAAUAGCAGCAGUAAUUCCAGCUUCCCACCAACUUCCAAGUGCUACUGCUCUCUGAGACCGGUUAAGCCAUCUGACAUAAGUUUGGUAGAGAUCAAGCAGAAGAUUAAUGCGUACGAGUACUACUCACUGCAAGACUUCAAUUACGAUAUGAAUACACUGAUCAAUGCUAUCGGUUCAGAAGACCUAUCGACUGCGUACAAGGAAUUUCUCAGUGAGACGUUUCCGUGGUUUCAAAACGAAACCAAGGCAUGUACCGAUGCACUGGAGGAAGCAAUGUGCGGGGACGAAAUGUGUGAUUAUAAUCCUGUUACUACUACCUGUGAUCUGGUUAUGGAUACGACUGAUCAGAAGGUACCGACCGGGAUCGAUAUUCCGCUAGAGGACAUAGGUGAUUAUUUUUACGACUCGACGGAAGAGUUGAAGGACAACCGUACCUGUAUGUUCUGUAAGCAACAUGGUGAAGGGCUGCCAAUGCACGAAUCUCGGCUCCUGUACUGUGGUCAGAAUAACUGGGUACACACCAACUGCGCCCUUUGGACGGCCGAAGUGUUUGAGGAAAUUGACGGUUCGUUACAGAACGUACAUUCGGCGGUUUCUCGUGGACGUUCACGAAACUGUCGUCACUGUGGUGUGAAAGGUGCAACAGUUCGGUGCAAUGCUAAAGGCUGCUCGGAACAUUAUCACUUCCCCUGCGCACGGCAAAUCGGUUGCACUUUCAUGCAAGAUAAAACACUUUUCUGCCCGCAACAUACCAGUGAGAUCAACCGUAAAAAGUGCUCAGUUGAGAAAAAUUUCGAAAUUAACCGGUCGGUUUACGUCGAGUUGGAUAGACGGAAAAAGAAGUUUGUUGAACCGGGCAAAGUUCAAUUUAUGAUCGGUUCAUUGAGUGUGAAAAAGCUGGGUCAUAUUGUUCCCAUGUUUUCGGACUGCCAGGACUCCAUUGUGCCGACCGAUUUCGAAUGUACCCGGCUUUACUGGAGCUGGAAAGAACCAUGGAAAAUUGUGCAGUAUCGCAUCAAGACGACCAUUCAGAACAAUAACUAUUGUAAUGGUACAGAUUUUGGACGCAAUUUCACUGUUGAUCAUGGUUCGAACCAAAAUUUGGUUCAAUGGGGACUGACGCAGAUUAGCAGAUGGCAUCACAGUUUGAAUACAGGAGACGAGCACGAACUUGAACCGAUUCCAAGCAGUUCCGGGGUGCAGAAUGUUCGCGAAAAACCAACAAAACACCUGCUGGAAAAUGUGACCGGCGAUGACACUAACGAUGAGGAACCCCAAAACAACAACGACCUGCUGCCGCAGGAGAUCAAGGACGCCAUCUUUGAGGAUAUUCCGCAUGAUAUUCUGGACGGUAUUAGCAUGCUGGAUAUUUUACCAAAGCUUAUGACGUACGACGAUCUGAUUGCGAUGGAUCUCAAGAAUGAGAACAAUUUCAAUGCGGAAAUUCUGAAGGAAGUGGGUUUGGGUAACGUUGGUAGUAGCAGCAGCAGUAGCAGUAACAGUAGUGGAGCUACCGGAGGAACUAAGGAGGAUGAUAUGGACGUCGACGAGGAGGAUAUCAACGAGGCAAUCAUGAAAUGUACCAGUAGUGAUCUGAGUAAUGAUGGUUGGAUGAAAAGUAUCAGCGCUCCCGGAAUAGAGGACGCACUAUUGAGCGCUAUCAAGCAGCCCUCGUCGUGUCUGGGUGGUAAUAGUCGUGAACUAAAGCGAAGCAAAUCCGAUAUCUUGUCACGGGCCGUAGCCGGUAGCCGCGUUUCAGCUCAACAACGGUCCGGUAGCUUCUCAUGGAAUUCGAAACUAGAAUCUACUGCUGCUGUUGUGGCCAAGCGGAGAAAAAUAAGUAAACUUGCUGAUGUCCUUUCACUUGGAAGAAUUAAAGACGAAUGCGCAGUGCAGGAACGGCGACGUUCCGCUGUGAGCGAAGAAUUUAGUUGGAGUGCAGCCACCAGAAAAGUUAGUGGAGAAGCUUUAAGUGACGGCAUGAGUGUUUUCGAAAAACUAAAGAUCUCCCAAUUGGAUGGUAUGGACGAUUUCUGUGGUGAUACCGGUGAAGUUAAAAUUUAUUCGUCAAGCAUGAUCGAAGCACCGGUUCGAUGCGACCGCUGUCACGCAACUUACCGCAACCAGGAAUCCUACCAGAGGCACUUGAACUCAUGCGAAGUUCUUUCGACCAGUGAAAGUGAUUCCGAGACUCGCUCUCCCCGGCUGUUGAGUCCAGAACAGCAGCAAGCUCAGGUGACGAGUCAACUAGGAAACGGAACGUUUAUUUUACCGCAAACCUCUAACGCUCAAACGGUGACUGCAGAUAUUUACGGUCAAAUUAACCAAAGUCAGCAAAGCAAUCCGACUAUUUCCGUUAUAUCGGGUCUUAACAAUCAGACUAUUAAUUUGGGCAACUUGAAUAAUCAGGCUAUUCUUUCUAAUAUCCCAGCAUCAAUGCCCAUAACGAUCAAUCAAAUUCCUUCGGGUAUUUCCAUACAAACCUCCACGGGAACACAGCAGAUUCCCUUACAAGGAACCUUCUCGAAUCUUGGUGGGAAUAUGAUUAUCUCAAAUCAAGGGCAGAUCUUCGCGCAACCUAUGAAUUUCCAGCAAUCAUUGGAUACGAACCAACCAACUUUUGUGCAGAAUAAACAACGCUUCAUUCAACCUACGCCAACUGCUCAAAUUCCACAAACAAUUUCUCUCACCAACAAUGGACUCAACGUUAUUCAACAGCAACAACCACAACAACCGCAACACCAACAACAACAGCAGAUUAUUACUAUUGGACCGAAUGGGCAACCACAGAUUGUUACAGUAGCAGCUUCCCCACAACCCCAACCACAAGCGACCAUCCUUCAAAAUCAUGCACAGAAGAAGCAACUAAUAUAUCCAACUGUAUCGCCCAAAAAACAAUCAUAUUCAAAAGUAUCACAUUCACCUACGCCGAUCAAAGCCAAACGAGCUGUUCCGACCUCCACGAUUACUUCGUCUCCAAAAACCAUUCAAAUUAAGAAACACGAGCCGAUCGCUAUUCAGCAAGCACCGACCCCACAACCUCAAACGAUUCAAACCUUGGCAUCACAACCGCAACAGCAACAGCAGAUUCAGCUCAUCAAUACAUCAUACCCGCUGAUACGACCGGCAAGCUCUGUGACCCCGCAGCAAACCAACGCCACUGGAAAUCCAAUCAUAUUUCAACAAGCCAAUCAUCAACCAAUCAUUGUUCAGCAAGUUGGGGGUAACCAAAUUUCCUACGUAACAGAUCAAAAUCCGGUUCAGUAUCUGGCCACUCCAAAUGUGCUCACGCAAAACGGGUUUGCCAUGGCGACCGCGGGUGAGGGAACACUUGCAGCGGCCGCCAAUAAUAUCCUGAUCCCUAACGGAACAGGCGGUUAUUCGAUGAUCCCGGCCAGUGCUUUACAACUGGCUACCCCGCAACCGCAAGUGAUUGGUACUAUUAUUCAGCCGCAAGCCACCACGAUCCAGUGUGGAAUGAUGUCGACAGAGCAGAUGGUUCUCGGAGCUACGGCUGCCACACCGACAUUGGAAAUGGUUACGGAUCCGACCUCCGGAUGUAUGUAUUUGACCAGUCCCUCCGUGUACUACGGUCUAGAGACAAUCGUUCAAAAUACAGUAAUGUCCUCGCAACAGUUUGUUUCGACCGCUAUGCAAGGUGUCUUAAGUCAGAACUCAAGCUUCUCAGCUACCACUACACAGGUGUUCCAAGCUAGUAAAAUCGAACCAAUCGUUGAAGUUCCUACCGGGUAUGUAGUGCUGAAUAACGAUGGAACAACAUCACAGCAGAGCUUGGCACCGAUGCAACUCCAAAGUUCAGCAACUGCGGGGAUCAUUCAACAACAGCAAGCACAAAUCCAACCAUCGGUAACGCCAGCACCACAGACGCAAACUCUUCAAGCAACCGUUUCCGUCAGCCAACCCGGAGGAAUACAAACGUGGAAGCUUGAACCCCAGCAGAACACAGUAGUUCAACAGCAGCAACAUCAUCAACCACAGACCACGACUGUAAAUCCGCUAAAAGUCAACACUGGAAUGAAAAGUAUCAUUCCUAAAUCUCAACCGCAGCUGGUUAACAAGGUUAUGCCGAACCCAAUGAUCAAAACGAGCACACCGGAAUACAUUACCGCUCCUAUGGUAUCGUCAAGAAUGAACUUCCAACCAGUGGCUUCAGCGGGUGCAAUCUACACAACAACAGCGACCGCAUUGACUACUACUUCCAAAGUUUCCAAUGUGAUCAAACCUAUCACUAAGAGCACACAGCCGCUGACUAAACCAAGAAUAAUUGCAAAACCAGUCAAGCAAAGGCAAAUGUUGCUUUCCCCGCCACUAAGUUCCCCACAAUCCCCUCAAAUGUCCCUGCACAAUCCGCAGCAGCAACAGCAGAAAAUUAAUCAACAACACAACGCUCAAAUAGGUUUGCCCAUUAACAGCAGCAACCCACAGCUGGUUCAAAUCAAACCAAGCAUCAAUAACGACAAACCAAUUUUGGUUGAUAAGGUAGCUCAACCUAUCGUGAAGAUGAAUUCAAAAAAUAUCGGAGACUUCAUUCCGACUGUGAACAAUCAGUCAGCAAAACCAGUGUCACUUUUGAAGAAAUCAGAAGUGAAAACAAUUUCUCGAAUGACCAAUAACUCAACGUUCCCGGCUACACAAGCGUCGUUGUCAUCACAACAGCAACCACAAUGCAUUCAAAUCAACGUGAUUCCCACUAGUAACUUCAUUUCGAACGUUGAACAACAGCAGCCGAUCGUAGUACAAGCGACUGCGCAAUCCCAACCAAAAUCCUUGUUAUCGAUAGGUGACACGAAAAAGAAAUCCUCGCAGAUGACGAUGACGCUGACGCCUAGUUGUACGACAACAGUAUCAACCGCUGGCUCGCAUACCAUGACGAACGCUUCGAUCACCAUCACUCCGACGCAAACCGCUAGCAUCACUCUUCCAACGACUCCUUACCUAAUGCCACUCUACUCGAAUAUUCCCACGAACGUCGUCAACCCAAUCCAGCAAUCAAACACGACAAACAAUGGUAACAACAAUGGCACGAACCCACCCGGAACGGUACAAAACCGUCCGACAAAUCGGGUCCUCCCAAUGCAAGCAUCCGCGAUUCUUCCGAAAUCACCCGAGGUUCCACAAACACCUCCUCCGCUGAAAUUGCUAAAUGCAAUGCCUGAUAAGAUUGAUGACAUAUCAAUCAUUCCCAACCAUACCUUCAGCCCAGAACAUCACGACAUAAGUCUGCACCAACCUAAUAAGUCUCCACUCAAAGAACCUCAUCUCGAGAUCGAAAUCAAACCCAUCGAGAUGCUUUCGCAUUCAUCAUCGCCACACAGUGAAGAUCCGUUGGACGCAGCAAUCGAUCAACAUCACCAACUGCAACAGCAGCAACAACAACAGCAGCAGCAGCAACAAACACAACAGUUCCAGUUCAGUUUGUCACUCGAUCAUCACGGUUCCCUAAUGGGGACACCAGUUACUAGUGAUUCUCCGAUUACUGAAAUCGAAAUAAAAUCACUGGAGGCUCCAUCGAAUUCAACUCUCUCAGAAACAGAGGAAAUGCUAGCGGAUAACAUACAGCAAGAAGAAGACCCGCUGGAUGCGGCCAGUAGUGUCAAUUCGCCAAGCCUGACAAACGAAGAGUCCGAAUCACCGGAAAUUAAAAAUAAAAUAUCUGAAAUUCUGGAUAACCUUGAACAACAAACGAACGAGGAGGACGAUUAUAGUGAUUGCAAAAAUUCGGACAGUACGGAACUGUUACUAAACAUCGAAAGGGAACAGGUUCUGGAGGCAUCACCCAGUCCUAUCAAAAGCCAGCAAGAACAACAACUAGUCGAAGAGUUGAACCAGGAACUGCAAGCGGCCAGUGCCCAUGCAUCACCAGCUGGGUCGUCCAACAGCUGCGAAUUGAUCAUUCCACCGAUAUUCGAAACCGAUCCCAAGAAGGACGACGAUUCCGGGUAUGAAGCCGAGCAGAAGGACAGUCUUGGUCGCGCAUCAACCAUCACCAGCCCCACUCAUAGCUCCAGCAGUAAUCCGUUAACAAGCUGCAGCAGCGAAUCACACGCUGAAAUGUCAAUCAAAGUCAAAAGUAAUGAACAACUAACAGGAAAAGGCCCGUCACCUGCUCCAAAAACCAACAGCCCAAAGCUGCUGUACGAAAUUCAGUCCCAGGAUGGUUUUACCUACAAAUCCACUUCAAUCGUGGAAAUUUGGGACAAACUGUUCGAGGCAGUCCAGAUUGCUCGUAAAGCGCACGGUUUGCAACCACUUCCAGAAGGACAGUUAGAAGAGAUGGCCGGUGUUCAAAUGCUUGGGCUAAAAACCAACGCCAUGCGUUAUCUGUUGGAGCAACUGCCGGGAGUGGAGAAAUGUUCUCAGUACAAACCUCAAUACCAUCACAAAAAGUCAACUGUUUCCGCUAGUGAGACAAUUGCUACAACAUUAGGAGGUACAUCCUCCAUCUAUGCGGACUAUUUUGACAUCAUCAAGGAAAAUCCGUAUGGUGCGGCCCGCUGUGAACCAUACAGUUCUCGUUCAGAGUACGAUAUGUUCAGUUGGCUAGCUUCGCGACAUCGCAAACAACCGAUGCCAGUCGUGGCGCAAAGCAUUGACGACACGAUCAUUCCAAGGCGUGGUAGCGGAAGUAAUCUUCCGAUGGCGAUGCGUUAUCGAACGCUGAAGGAAACUUCGAAAGAAUCCGUGGGUGUUUAUCGGUCCCAUAUUCACGGUCGAGGACUGUUUUGUAACCGUGAUAUCGAGGCGGGCGAAAUGGUAAUUGAAUACGCAGGUGAACUUAUUCGGUCAACAUUGACGGACAAACGGGAACGUUAUUACGAUAGUCGCGGCAUCGGAUGCUACAUGUUCAAAAUAGAUGAAAACUUCGUCGUUGAUGCAACCAUGCGUGGUAACGCUGCCCGUUUUAUCAACCAUUCUUGUGAGCCAAAUUGCUACUCGAAGGUCGUUGACAUAUUGGGCCACAAGCAUAUCAUCAUUUUCGCGUACCGGCGCAUCGUCCAAGGAGAGGAACUCACCUACGAUUACAAGUUUCCGUUUGAGGAUGUGAAAAUCCCUUGCUCUUGCGGCUCGAAAAAGUGCCGAAAGUAUUUGAACUAAUGUUGUCAACCUGGCUGUGCAAUGACAAGCGGUAAUACAGGAUGAAAUUGAACAGCAAUAAGCAAUAUAAUGUUACAGGUCGAUACAGCUGUGCAGCUGGGAUACUGCCAGCUCAACAGGCAACAAAGAAUGGUGCUGCAGGAAAGAUACAGAACAAACCGAACAUGAUUGUAAAAUUUGACACAAAUCGCAAAAGCACAUCGUUUUCACUAGUACAGAAUCGCAAUAGAGUAUUCUCCGGAGUUUACACGAUUAAUCCGUAUAUUUGUGUUGCAUGAAAAGGCGUAAGCUUGAUGUAAUAUAACACUGUUAGCAAGUAUCGAUUGUAAUUAGUUCAGAAAAAUGUUUUAAAUAGUUGAUCUGAAGGCUUUCAUUUUAAACUGCUCCAUCGUUUGUAAAUAUUCAGACCUGAGUGUGCUUUGAUGGAUUAAACAAUAGAAACGAAAACCCCUGCAUAACCUGUAUUACAACCAAUCAACACACUAGAGCUACAUUUUACAAGCAACUAACUUAUUGAGACUGUGGAUACUUUGUUUUAAGAUAGUGGUACCCAAUAUUGUAUUAGCAACUGAAUCACAAUAUUUUUCAAUCGUAGCAAAAUUUUACAAUAUAUGUCAAACUGGACUUAUUCAACAUACAUUUUACUAGCCGUCACUAAUACGUAUAAGACGAAAACUGUAAAAUAAUGAUGUACAAAUUAAAAUUUUAUUACUGUAAAUUCUGCAGUUGAGGCCCAAGCGAUUGGGCACUCGAGCGAGUAAUGGUUUUGAAAUCUCGGUUAGAAUACUCUUACCACAGGACCGCAGUCCUCACGACUUGAACUGUUUUAACAAAGACGAAAAUUUGUAAACCCCAAACUUUUAUCUGUUGCCAUCGCUGCUAAGCUUGACAGUUGAAUUCAAUAAUAGCCACAAUGUACUAGAACCGUAGCAAACAAUAAGGUUUUGAAAAAGAAGUAAAUCUGUAUUGUCUACCUGCAUUAUGGUUAUAGUAUUGCUGUUUAAUCAACGCAUUUCCCAACCCGUACCACAAUGAAAACAGACACAGAUUACAUAAAAGUUAAUGUGGCAUAAGCCUAAAACAACAUCUUCAACACAAUGUAAAUAGUAAACCAGUUUUAAGGCAUCGAUUCGAACACGGUUGUCCUAUACGCUUUUACAUUACCCAAUUACACAUGGAUGUACUUUCUAAGACCACUUAUUUAUGAAAGUUUAGCCAUAAGAAACUUCAGUUCGAUUCAAGUACAGUCAAAUAGGAAUCGCUGCAAGCUUUUUCCUAAUUUAUUCAACCUUCGUCGAUAAACGUAAACCUGACGCAGUAUGAUUAAACGUUAUCUUGCCAUUUCCGUUGAAUUUGUGUUUAUUUAAUCUUUUUCGAUUAGUGCGUAUUAGAACGUAGUAAAACAUUCAAUGUUUUUAAGCAGUCAUUGCAGUCGAGCAAGUGUGAAAUGCUCGCUGUCACUAGUUUUAGAAAUUAUUUAUAACAGAAUACGAUGAGCCUAACUUUGCUACACGUGAUAGUCAUUGUCCGUUGUAUAUUCGUAGCCUGAUAAGCUCUCCCUCUAGUUGUAGUUGGAAGAAAAUAAUCAAAAAAAAAAAAACAAAAACCGAAAGCUCAACGCGAGCUUCAUAGUCGGUGACCUGCUCGAGUCUCCAUGCGGACGGCGUGAAUUCGAACGAAGAGACUGUUCAGCAGUCGCUACAAGUGGUGAAGUGGAAACAAAUGUGAUACUAAUGAAAAG